GGCGUGGCUCGCCCAAAUCAACAUGUUAGGUUUUACACCCUUACCUUGUGGAGAAGAGGUUAGGAUUGAAUUCCAGUUUGACAGGAGAGAAACUAGUGCACUCAAUUAUAAGCUUUAGCUCUGUGUCCAGUUGCACCAUGGGUAAGAAGAGUCGAGUGAAGACUCAGAAGUCGGGGACCGGAGCCACGGCUGUUGUUUCGCCCAAAGAGAUGAUGAGCCUCAUAUCUGAGCUCCUACAGAAGUGCAGCAACGCUGCCCCUUCUCCAGGGAAGGAGUGGGAGGAGUAUGUCCAGAUACGAGGCAUGGUGGAGAAGAUCAGGAAGAAACAGAAAGGUGUGUCAGUGAUAUUUGAGGGUAGCCGAGAGGAGUAUUUCCCUGAGCUGAUGGCAUGGGCCCAGGAGAGUGGCGCUUCCUGCGAGGGCUUUGAGAUUGCUGACUUUCCCGGCGAGGGUUUUGGCCUCAAGGCCACCAAGGAUAUCAAGGCAGACGAGCUGUUUCUGUGGAUCCCCAGGAAGAUGCUGAUGACUGUGGAAUCCGCCAAGAACUCUGUUCUGAGUCCCCUGUACGUCCAGGACCGUAUUCUCCAGGCCAUGGGGAACGUGACGUUGGCCCUCCACCUGCUGUGUGAGCGGGCCGACCCAUCGUCCCCCUGGUUGCCCUACAUUAAGACCCUGCCCGGGGACUAUGACACACCUCUGUACUAUGAGGAGGAGGAGGUACGCCACCUGCUGUCCACCCAGGCCAUCCAGGAUGUCCUCAGCCAGUAUAAGAACACUGCCCGCCAGUACGCAUACUUCUACAAAAUCAUCCAGACUCAUCCGACCACCAGUAAACUGCCCUUGAAGGACGCCUUUACGUUCGAUGACUACAGGUGGGCGGUUUCCUCAGUGAUGACGCGUCAGAACCAGAUCCCCACGGAGGAUGGUAGCCGUGUCACCCUCGCCCUCAUCCCUCUGUGGGACAUGUGUAACCAUACCAACGGCCUGAUCACCACAGGUUACAACCUGGAGGACGACCGGUGUGAGUGUGUGGCCCUGCAGGACUACAAAGAGAACCAACAGAUCUACAUCUUCUAUGGGACGCGUUCCAACGCAGAGUUUGUCAUCCACAACGGCUUCUUCUUUCCGGAGAAUGCCCACGACAGGGUCAAGAUUAAGCUGGGCGUCUCCAAGAGCGAGCGGCUGUACGCCAUGAAGGCUGAGGUGUUGGCCCGCGCCGGCAUCCCCUCGUCCAGUAUAUUUGCCCUGCACUGCAGCAAUCCUCCAAUCUCUGCCCAGCUACUAGCCUUCCUCAGAGUCUUCUGCAUGACUGAGGAGGAGCUGAAGGACUACCUGGUAGGGGAGCAUGCCAUCAAUAAGAUCUUCACCCUGGGGAACACAGAAUUCCCGGUCAGCUGGGACAAUGAGAUCAAACUGUGGACCUUCCUGGAGACCAGGGCUGCCCUACUGCUGAAGACCUACAAAACCAGCUCCCAGGAUGACCAGGGUGCUUUGGAGAAGCCCGACCUCUCCCUCCAUUCCCGCACUGCCAUCCAGCUGCGCCUGGCUGAGAAGCAGAUCCUGGAGCGGGUGGUUGCCAGCGGCAAGGCCAAACGUUUGCACUUCCAGCAGCAGCGGGAAGAGGGAGCGCCGCUGCCCCGUUACGAGGAGAGCGACAUCGCCAUGCUGGAGAAUGCUGAGGCGGAUGCCAAACUGCCCUUGAUUCUGAGAAAACUAGAGGAGGAAGAGGAGGAUGAGGAGGGAGAUCAAGCCGCUGUGGAGCAGGUCUUGGCCCAGGUACAGCAGCUGGGGCGAGCGGACGGAGCCAGGGAACUAGCCCCCCUCAUAGUCAACGGGGAUAGCGGGAAGGUGGUGGUUAACGGGAAUGGCCUAGACGCUAGCCCAGUCCUGGAGGCUGAUGGGGACGCUAGCCUGAUUCAGGGAGCUGAUGUUGUGGAUGUUGCUAUCCCAGCAACCACCCCGGAACAGGGAGGCCCAGUGGAGAACGGAGGAGGUAAAGGUAGUGCUUCUCUCAAGGACUUCAUGGCAGAACGAACUGAAGGCGAGCCCAAAGUAAAGAGUGACUAGACGGAGUCAUUAUCAUCUAGCUGGCCCUUAUUGCAGAGGAGAAGCACCAGUCAGCCAGCCAGCCAAGGCACCCUGUUGCUAUUUAUUUAUUUUUGUCUCUCCUAAGUGACUCACAGAAAUAAAGGAACCAAGAAUAAAGAAAACUAAACCGAAUUUGAUAAUAAAAAAUAAAAUAGCAGAACUUUUCGCUGUCCGUUCGCUGGUAUGUCCCUUCCAUGGCUUUGCUAGUCCUACCAUCUUACGGCUGCAGACUGCACAGUGACAGUCUGUGUCUCUCCUAUCGGCCUUCAACCUGAGCAGUAAAACUUUGACAUUUUUAUGGCUUUUCUGAGUUUCUAAUAGUGCUUCACUGGUUUACAUUGAGUUCACUGACAUACGCGCUGUGAGUUAAUGGUAGGGUGUAACCCAGGCAGGGGACGGUGCUGGUUUCAGGUCCACUACACCAGUGUGGACAGCAAGAAACAAGAUUGAAUUUAGUUGAAUGUUCCCUCCAGCAAGCCGCCAUCUCGUCCUAACCCUAUGCCCCUUACCUCUCGGACUCUGUUACAUCUGUCUCAGUAUACGCUUGCUAUCAUUUCACUCUACAAUCCUUUUCUCUGGUGUGUGGAUUUUUUUUUUUUGUUCUUCUGUUUUUUUUUUGCGACCAUCACCGCACUGCACUUCCUGGUUUCAUUCACUAGCAUUUUAAAUAAAACUGAAGGAAACUGCCGACACCAAAUGCCGAACAAAUGUCCUGUGCACUUCUGGGAACAAUCAGUAAUUUUAUUUCUACACAGAGUAUAAUGUACCCUUUUAAAUAUGAUUGAAGGUUAGGAUAUGUGCAUUUGAGUGACUUGAGAUGACUUAAAGCAGGUGGUUUGGUAAAUUUUUUUGAGAAGUGUGAAUAAUGUAAAAGUUUAAAAUGUUAAACUUUAUUAUGAAUGUAUCUCAGCUCCCAGAGUUGCAGUUGAGUCAUCCAAGGAUGUGUUGCCGCUGUAAUGAAGAAUGAAUAAUGCUAGUCCAUAUUAUGCGAAAGCCAUAUGUUCCAAUGGAGGUGAGUUCAAACCUCUUCAUCGGCAAGACAAGACAAGUUUUGAUUCACACAAAGGACUACUCAUUUCACUUAGAUUAUGGUUUUGUUGUUGGACAGCCUUAAACAAACCAAUCUUGUUUUUGUUUUCCCUCCGUUAAUCGUCUUUCUACCACAAAAGAAACAAGACAAAACAUUGGUAAUGCAAUCUCUGAUCAAGGCGCUAAUUCUCAAGGUAACUCUUUCUCUAUGAUGUCGGAUAUGUAUUUUCAGCCUACUUUUGUUUUGUAUUAACAUUUCACGGCAGCAAAACAUGAUGAAAAGAAUCUGUAGCUAGCUCUCUGUUGGAAGCCUUUGUCAAAUAAGCCCUUAUAGCUCCAGUUCCGUAGCUGUUAUUUCAUCCGUUAGCACAGGUUCAUGUCAGGACAGGGAGGUAGCGAACUCGGAACUGUAGUGUCUAUCACCUUUUCCUCCAUGUAAAUACGCCACAUGAUCGAUGGGAAAUAUGACGGGCCAUUUUGCGAGACAAUGCACCAGCAGGAUGUGUUACAUGUAUACUACGGUGUUAGCUAACGCUGCUUCUUAGAAUCCAUCUGUUGAUGCUGUUAAUGACCUCAAAAUGAAGCGCAUUUCGGAGCCUAUUCAAAUGUAUAAUGUAACUAAUGGGGCUAGUCUGUACCUUUCUUGCUGCUGAGGUACAACCAUGUUGUUUUCUGCUGCAAAUGUUGCAUUGUUAUAUUGUCAGUGUCAACAUUUUUGGUUUGAUUUGAGUUCUUGAUUUACUCAUCAUAGACUACUGCUACAGAUCUACUAUCUUCAUUUGCCCAAACUUAGGCUGCCGAGAAUAUAGAUGAGCUUUGUGAUUGACAUAAAUCUACUGACCUCACACUGAACACAUGUUAUUAAUGCAUGAAACAGUAUUGCAGUUUUCAUGUAGCCUAACUUUGGCCAUCUAAUUGCUUAACCACCGAUCGCAUGAUCAGACUAUACGUUACAAAUGACGUGGCUACAGGAUUAUUUGGCAGCAACAACACUGGUCAAAUGAAGAUCUUAAACCUGUACUUGUCACUUGUACCAUUCUGUACUAGUCUACAUCUGCUGCUUUUCUAAAGACUGUUUAUAGUUACUGUAUAUUUAGAGAAUUUAUCAAUGGCUUGAAACGGUUACACUAUCCAAGCAGUUCACAGCACUUUGUUGUAUCCACCCACAGUGGAGUACCUUUAUCAGCUCACCUUUUAGCCUGGGCCCACGUCUGUUUGUGCUUUUGUCAUCUCAACCGCCGUAAUUGUCUAGGAGCCGGCAUAAGGCCACAAACAGACUGGUACUCAGGCUACUCUGUAGCCUGGUCUCGGAUCUGGAAUAGCGGUGGUCGAGCUAACUCCUCUGACAUUGCUAGUUGGUGGUCAUCUUUGAUUUGAGUGUUCUGUGACGAUAAGUGUAAGCACAGUAACAACUGAUGAUUCUUCCUCCUUCGUGUACACGUCAACAGUAACGCCAACUCAGGCUGCUCCCAUUUUGUCAUUCCGACAGAUACUCACCUUACCUUUAGCAUAAAUACAAUGUAAGUACAACAGAUAAUUCCGAUCUGGGAUCAGUCCACUUUAGCGUAUGCUGCAGUUUGGGUUGAGUUCUUCCUGUGUAAGAGACGGGAGAUUGAAGUGCAUAUGAGCACUUAGGACAAAACAGACCUAAAACUGUCCACAUGGAAACACCAUAGAUUAUUAAAGUUCCUCUUAUUUCACACCA